GAUAUUGAUUGAAGAAUUCCUGCUUCUCUUUUAACUGUCUAAAAUUAUUAUUUGUUAUUUCAAAUUCAACAUUGACAUUGCUCAGAAAUUUCAUGACAAGGCACAAUAUGGAAGUUGCAACAUUAGGUUGCAAUUUUCUGUUUCGUGAUGAUAUUACAGGCCCUGGUAAACGUGGAUGUUGUUUUGUUACCGUAGCAACAGUUGUUAUUGUUCAUCCAAUAUGGAGGCUAGGGUUAUUGAGAAAAGUUUCGAUGAAAGUAAUUUCAAACAUCUUUAUGCUUGAAAAAUAUGAAUUCGUCCACUCUACCGCCGUUACUUAAAACAUAUCUCCCACAAUAUGAAGUGAAUAGGGAGGUUAAAGAUUCUUGCGUGGAACAUCCAGUUCCAAUUAGCGAUCAGUUUGAAGCGAUGAAUUGUCACGAAGUGAAAAAGUCGAAGAACAGAAGAGAGAAGUAUCGUAGGGACUCCAUUGAAGAUGAAGAAAGGAAUACAACUGAUGUUAACAAGAAAGCCUUUAACAUGCUUAAAAUGUGGAAUAUUGUGAAAGAUCAAGAACGCAAACGAAAACAGAAAACGCUGCACGAUCGAGUGAGACUACAGCACGAGAUGAUAAAGAAACAAGACGAGUUGAUCCUUGAAAAAAAUACACAAGAAAAAAAAGAAAACAAGAAGACGGUGUUGCCCAAAUCGCAAAAGAAAAAAUAUUCAAAAAGAAAUCAUUUGAAAAGAGAUGAAUUGUACCCCGGGAAGAAUUCGACGGCUUUAAAAAAAAAUAACGUGAAGACUUUUAAGGUAACGGUUGUCGAAGAAAAGCCUAAGGAAGAGCCGCCGAUGUUAUUAAUGGAAGAAAAACUUUCAGAAGUUUCUUCGAGAGUGGACGUUAUUUCUGAAGAUAACUUGUCAGAUUUCUUAGAAAGGUCCGCAAUAGAGGACGCGGAUUUUCACGAAUUGCGAGUGCAACCGUUACCAGUUCAACUUCAACGGUUGUUUGGCAAUGAUGCAGACGGUUUUUUGAACCCGAGUGUUAAAGAAAAACCGAGAAAACAAUUCGAUCUCUCAAUUGCAAGGCAAAAAGGUCACGAAGGUGCAGCGGCAUUAUGGGAUGCAUUAAGAGCUUAUUCUCGACAAAAACUCCUCAAUAAGGACGCAUUGAUAUUACCUGAUGUUAAGAAUGCGUACGCCUGUUUUAUCCGGGAAUGCUUAAGACGUCAUAUAACUCCGGUGAAAAGAAAUUUUGUCAGCGAAGAAGAGGCACCGGAAAUUACAAGUCUUGAAGAAAGUGAGAUGCUCAAGGACGUACGAUACCGUCGGCAUCGUCAGGAUCUUAUGUAUCGUAUAGCACACGUUAAUAAAGAUAAGACGAAGUUAUUGUUGCAAGUUACAGCAGAACCACAUUAUACAAAAAAUAUUGACGAUGAUGGUAUUCGAAGAUAUUACCCCGAGUCUGAGACAGAAAACGAAGAAUUAUCAAGUUGCAUGCAAAAAAGUAAACUCCCUCUUAUUCAAAUCAACACAUCUCAUGAAUACAUUCCCAAAUUGCCUCAUCGAAAACAGCUCCCAGUGGCUAAAGGCUUCUCAAACCUUGUGUUCUUGACAGAGCGAAAAGCGAAGUGUAAAGGAGAGUUCUCAAAACGUUUACACCGUGUUGAAAGUGAUUUGCAUUUGAAGCCUGUCAAACCUGAAAUACUAACAUCCAUGGUCAAAUCAUCUUCGCCAAUGUUCACGCAAAGGGUUUGGGAACCACUAAGUAUGCAAGCUCUAAUAGACAUGCGCGAUGGAGUAGUCAGAUCUCAGAUAGUACACAGCUCAAAAAAUACUGACUCGUUGUAGUCAUAAUUACUUUUUCAUUACCCAGUCAGAAAGAGGAUUACCUUUUUUGAAAUACAGAUAUAGCAUAAAAUGUCUUGCUGCUAAAUGUAUUUGAGUUUCUUUGAAAUCCUCAAACCAGUAACUGGGACAGCUACACGUGGCUAGCAGAAUUUUAACAACAACUUCAUGAAUAUGCCUUAAUUUCAACUGCAUUUAUUUUUCAAAUUAAAGAAUACAAAGUUACUGUAAUCGAUUACACUA